AAACUGUCUUGACAAACUUUGUUGCUAAUUCAAAAAUUAAUGCAAUAAAAUGCUUUAAAUGAGAUAAACAAUACAUUUUUUCUUGUAUGUUUUCUUAGAAUCUGGUUUGGUCUGGUUUGUACCAAAAGUGGGCAGGAACAAAAAGGGUCUAAAAAGGUGCUGCAGCAUUUAAUCCUGUCAGAUGAGAGCAAAUACCUGCACACGCAAACAUCACCAGACCAAAGAAGCAGCAAGAUGGCCUUCAAAGUUGCAGCUCUUCUGUCUAUUUUCAUGCUCACUUACCUUUUGGCUCCCCUGGUUAUAACUUCAGAGUCAUCAUAUCCUAUUUCACUACUUGUAUACAACUCACUCACUAACGAGAACAAUUUGACUUUCACCACUAACAUUGCAUACAGAGGGAUCUUACUUGGUGCUAUGAGGAACAUCCAAACAGUCAAUAACAAUUUCAGAUUCACCACUAAAGAGGAUCCAAACUAUGGCCCAUUCCUUGUAAGUGUAAACGGAUUGGCAGGGGACAAUGAAAAACAUACGUACUGGCAGCUGCUUAUCCAACCUCAGAAUGGCACCAUAAUCAUUGCUGAUGUGGGUGUCGGCUGUUACAUACCAAACCCGAAUGAUACAGUUAUCCUCAAAUUCACUGAAUGGUAAUCCAAAGUAGUGAUGCUGUAAUCAGCCUGUGACUUUUGUACUCACUAGAAAAAGCAUGAUACAUUGUGGUAAAUUCACAUAAAUGAAAAAAAAAAGAUCUGUGUGAUUCCUCUUUAAAAAAACAGGAUCCUGUUAAAAUUGUGCAACGAAACUGUUAAUCUUGCUGUACAGUAUGUAAUCUUCAAUCUGUAUGUAAUCUUCAAAAUUAAUCUUCA